AUGUUUAAGAAAGCAAAUAUUACUUUACUAGCUCAAGGUGAAAAAGUAACAUCUAAAAUGACAAUCCCUGUACAAAAUUUAAAAGCAAGAUGGUUUUUUGCAACUGAUCUACCGAAAAAGAAACCAUAUGAUUUAAAUUAUAAACCAACAAGGUCUCCGAAAAGAUUCAUUCCAUUUUCUAAGUUUGAUUCAUCCAGGAUCGAAACUACGUACCUUUCGAGUUUCUCUAAAGACGCCAAAAAAGAUGAUAAAAUAUUAUCGAAUAUCCCUGUGAAUGAGGAUUAUUUAUUUGAGGUGAAUUUAUAUGAUAUGGAAAUCAGACCAGUUUACUGGUCUGGACCUAUUUACGAAAUUAGACGAGGUAUUUGGUUUGAUACUAAAGGAAAUCCUUUAUCUCAUGAUUUGACCGAAGAAUUGGAGGCACUUUACCAACAAUUAAAGUUUAAUAAGGAUGGAGUAAUAGAAAAUCAAACAAAAGAUAUUUAUAAUCUAGAAGGUGAUUAUGAAGAGGGAAGCAUUGCUAUGUUCCUAGAUAAUAAAUCCGCAUUUUUACUUAACGAUAUAUCAGGUGGUGUUUUUCAGCUUAAAUUUCUGAGGUCAUCUUUUGGUCAGAAUGUUCCAACUAAUGCUAUAAAAGUUACCAGAGAAUAUUCCAACAUUGUGUCGAGGAAAGUCUCAGAUAAAAAACUAGGAGAAACAAAUGGUGAGAUAACGGAUGUUAAUGCCAACAAUUCAUUAGGUAAAAUUGGUGAAAUGAUAGGGUUGCAAUUAACUGAUAUAUUCAGCGGUACUGCUCCAGAAGAUAAUGGCAAAAUUGAAACUGACUCAAAAGUUAAGUCAAAAGAAAACGAAUUUUUGAGUAGUGAAAUGGAAAAUGAUUAUAAUAAUUCAAAUUCGACUAUUCUCGAAAACCCAUCAAACAACAGGAACGUGAAGCACCUUGUUUUGUGUAUCCAUGGAAUCGGUCAAACUCUUGGAAAACAAUAUCAAUAUGUGAAUUUUGCACAUACCAUAAAUCUACUUAGGAUCAACAUGAAAAAAGUAUAUUGUCAAUCUCCAGAUAUGAAACAAAUUAACAAAGAUGCUGGUAACAAUGAUUGGCAAACGAAUUGUGAUGUCCAAGUACUUCCAGUUGACUGGAGACAUGAUAUAGAUUUUAAAACAGAUGACAUAGAUGCCUUAACAACGGAUUCCAUGAUACCUAACUUAACAGAAAUCACUCUUCGUGGAAUAACCCCAUUUAGAAAAUUAUUGGGUGAUGUCGGUUUAGAUGUACUGCUUUAUGAUGAUCCAUUGUACAAAGAGCAGAUAUUAAAUAAUACGGUAAGCAAAUUAAAUGGCAUAUACAAUAUAUUUAAAAAGCAAAAUCCAGAAUUUAAUGGAAAGGUUCAUAUAAUUGGCCAUUCCUUGGGAAGCGUUAUUGCAUUUGACACAUUAUCAAACUUGAGUAGAUAUAAACUCGAUUUUCCUGUUGAAAAAUUAUUUUGUAUCGGAUCCCCUGUUGGUGUCUACAAAUUAGUGCAAAAAACUAAUGAUUGGCGAUCCAAAAAACAUGCUACCUCACAGAUAAACUUUCAAGCUCCGAAGGUUAAUGAUUUAUAUAAUAUUUAUCACAUAAAUGAUCCAAUUGCAUACCGAAUGGAGCCACUCAUUGAUAGAGAUUUAGCGACAUAUGAAGAAGUUUAUUUACCACAUCUUCCAGUAGAGGGCAUUACAAAUAAAAUGCUUGCUUUAGGGAACACUUUAAUUAAAGAUUUACCAAUGUCAGAGAAAGCUAAUGUUACUUCAAGGAAAAAAGUGAUUUUACCAGAGGUGCUUGUUAAAAAAUUAAAAGAAAUAAAUUCUAACGGAAGAGUUGACUAUGUUCUGACGCCUAAUCUUUUAGACAUGGAUAUUAUAUCUGCACUUAAAUCGCAUGUGUCAUACUUUGAGGAUAUUGAUAUAGCAGGGUUUAUUUUAAAGGAAACAAUAAAGACUAGUGAACAAACGAAUGAAAUAAAUGCUAUACGGAUCAUUGAUACUGCAAGAAAUAAAGGCAAAUCUUUUGAUAAACUUGGGUGA